UCUCUAUUAUUAAAUAUGGCAGUUAAACUGUUGGUGGGGCGCGUCGGUUAUAGGAAUAUUUCUGCGUUGAUUAGAACUUGUAAUUUUUCGUUUACUACACAAGUUCAGUUUAGUGCUUUGAACGAUCACCGCAAAGAUGGACUGAGGGUGAUACAUGAUCGGGAUCAGUGCCAGUUCACAGUGUUGCUCGGCAGCGGUUUGUCAGAGAAUGCAGUCCUACUCUAUGAAUACACAAAAAAAGGAACAGUUAAUUUGCUUCAUACCAGAGUGCCUACUCCAUACAGGGGACAAGGGAUCGCUCAACUUCUGGCAAAGGCUGCGAUGGACUUUGUGGUUGAAGAGAAUCUAAAGGCUUGCGUGACAUGUUGGUACAUAAAGAAAUAUGUUGAAGAGAAUCCUCAUGCAUCAUUUCAGAAGCACGUUAUAGACAAAUGUUAAUAACAUUGAUGCAUUUUUUAUAAAGUAUUAUUUAUUUGCUUAUGUACCCAAAAUACUAUAAAUGAAUUUUUUUUUUAUUAAAUAAUUAACAUGUAUACCUGGAGUAUAUGCUAAGAUUUGUAUUGCUGCUUUAACCAAUGUUCUGGGGACCAAAUCAGAGAC